UAGAGAUUCGUGAUUACACAAGAAUGAAUACUUCUUCUCUCUCCUUCCUUCAUUCAGCAUUCCCAACUUCCUUUUCUUUCGUCGUUGAAGCGCAUUCCACCACCCGCCGCCAAGACAGGACCGCCCGCCACACCCGCAUCAGGAAGAAGUACUGUGCGCUGUGGAACAGUCUUUUUACUGCGAAUAUGGACCAAGGCAUUCUUUGGUAAAGCUUUCCUUGUUGAUUGUAAGCUCACCUCAUGAAGAAUGCAAUGCAUAUCUGUUUUAGAUCAUUUUCUGUUUUGUCAGGUUGAAGGGACACCAGAAAGGCCACGAUUGUCCGUGUUCCGAUCCAACAAGCAUCUCUCUGUUCAGGUCAUAGAUGACACCAACAUGCACACUCUUGCUUCGGUUUCAACAAUGCAGAAGGCAGUUUUUGAAGAAUUCAACUACACAGCUGGUCCUACAGUUGAAGUAGCAAAGAAGGUUGGUGAAAUCAUUGCAAAGUCCUGUCUGGAGAAAGGGAUCACAAAGGUGGCCUUCGACCGAGGUGGAUACCCGUACCAUGGUCGUGUUCAAGCACUCGCAGAUGCAGCUCGCGAACAUGGCCUGGAGUUCUAAAAUGAUUAUGCACUUGCCAUGUAGUUUCAUUUUGAAGUUUGUUAAUGAUUUAACAAUUCUUUUUAAGGGCAGUGCCUCUCUUCCUGUGACUUUGUUAUGAUCCAAUGACUUCCUUCUUCUAUCCAUCUAUCUACAUUCACAGUUCUUUCUAUUUCCA